GAGAGAGAGAGAGAGAGAGAGAGAGAGAGAGAAAUCAAUACAUCACCUAUUUAUUAAAUACCUUCUUUGUGUCAGGCAUUGUGUUGGAUGGUGGGAAUUAAUACAAAGAAAAGAGUGAAAUAUUUCCUGCCCUCAAGGAGUGUAACUUCUGUGAGGGAGAUGACAUCUACACCUGGAAGUAUGUCUGUGCUGAACAAGUCCAAAAUACAUGUGAGAUAGUUUAGAGAGAGAGCUAGCAUUUGGAGAGCUCAGUUAAGGCUUCAGGUAGAAAGUGGUGAUUAAUUUUUGUGGUAGCCAAGAACUGGAAGCAAAGUGGAUGGCAAUGGAUUGGAAAAUGGCUAAAUAAAUUGUGGUCAAGGAAUACAAUGGAGUAUUACAAUGAUGAUGGUAAAAAUGAAGAAUAUGGAAAACCAAGAGUGGAAAAGUCUUGAAUGAAUGGAUGCAAACUGAGAUGAAUCAAACCAGGGAAACUACCCAAGCAUCUCCAUGGAAAGAACACCAGCAAAUUAAUCACAACUGAAACUUGCAAAAUUAUUUAUCCUAAAAGAAGCAAUAUGAGAAGGCAGUUCUUGGCAGAGGUGGAGGACUCUUUCCCUCCCUAUCUCUGCCUCCUGACUUUCUUUACUUUCUUCAAGUCUCAGCUAAAGUCCCAAAUUCUAUAGGAAACCUUUCCUGGUCCUCCUUAACUGUAAUGCUUUCUCUCUUAAUUAUCCAUCUUGGCUAUUGCUGAUUUGUCCUCUGUAUAUCUUCUUUGUCCCUAAUUGUUUGAACAUUGUCUCCUCCCACUGAGUUCCCUAAGAAAAGGGAUUUAAAAAAACUUUUAAAAAUAAGAUCUCUACUGUGUGACCCUGGGCAAGUCACUUGACCCCCAUUGCCUAGCCCUUACCACUCUUCUGCCUUGGAGCCAAUACACAGUAUUGACUCCAAGACAGAAGGUAAGGGUUUAAAAAAAAAAUAAGAUCUCUAGUGCUGUUCAAAGUGCUCAGUACCUUGUAGGUAUGUAACAAAUACUCUUGACAGUUUUGAUAUGUUGGGGAAGGGAAAGAGGAGGGGGGCAUUUAUUUAGCACCUACUAUGUGCUGAGUUCUGCAUUAAGUGAUUUUACAAAUAUGAUCUCAUCUGAUUUUCACAACAACCCUGGGAGUUAGGUGCUGUUAUUAUUCCCAUUUUACAGAUGGUGAAGUAGAGGCAAAAAGGUUAGAUGUUUGAGUGGAAAUUUGAAAUUGGGUCUUCUUGACUUCAGGCCUAGCACUUUUUAUAGUGGGCCACCAGCAGCCUUCAUGUUACUUGGCUUUACAACAUUUUUCUACUUUCUUCCUCUUUUUAAAAUUCUUUAGCAUAAGAAAUAGCUUUCUGAGGAGAGAACAAGUGGGGAACAUAGUUGCUCCCCUUACCUCACAUGAACUGGGUUGGAAGAAGCUAUCCAGUCACAGAUUGUGAGUCAAGGUUAGGGUAUGGGAGAGGAGCCUUGAGUAUAUACUGCCUGUUUGUUGCCUAGUCAGUUGGCACUUCUUAGCCCAUCAUUGAAGUGCCCCCUUUCAUGAAGGAAUAAAUUGCCCCUUUUCACUCCUAUCUUCCAACCCCAGGUUUGUUUAUUUGAGUGAGUCAUCAUUUUUGUCUCACACAGUGUAAACAAAAGUUAUCAAUAAAAUCACUUUAAAAAGAAUGUGAUGCUUUAUUUGAGUCUUGGAAGUCUUAGGAAAUGAAGAGGGAGUACAGACAUAGGGGACAGCCAUCAUGAAGGCAUGAAGAAAAAACACCGAAUUAUGGAGGAGAAAGACAGACAGACAGACAGAGACAGACUGAGAGAGCCAUAUGGAAGACAGAGACAAAGUUGCAAAAGAGAAAAAAAAAAACAGAGCAAUUGGGCGUAGGGGAGAGACAGAGACAGAGACAGAGACAGAGAACCUGAGAGAACAUGAGAGAGAGAGAAAUGGGCCCAAAGAUAAAAGGACCAAUAUCAGUGACUCUAUUUCCAGAUGGGACAUCUGGCUCAUUGUGUCUAUUGGUCUGCCUUUCCGGCUGCCCCUGAAAAAGCCUAAGAUGCCUCUGCCAUAGAACACUGGGUCAUCUAGGUCAUGGAAACUCAAGGAAACGGAUUCUACAAAAAGCCAGCCUGAGAGCUUCCUCGGGUCACUUGCUGAGCCCAUGCCUCUCAUCCUCCACACACUGUCCCUCUUGCCCCAGUCAUAAUCACCCUGACCAGGAAUUCCCUACCACAAAGCUGUUCUGAGGAUAAAAGCCAAACUGGGAUGACUUCCUGCCUGAAGCAGAUGGGGAGGCCAGGCCCACCUGUCUCACUCCUCCUCCCUCCUCCCCUAGGGGAAACUGGGUCCCAGCUGUCAUCCACUGGAUUCAGAGAAUAGGACAGAACAGAGAUAGAAGCAGAGACAGAGACAAAACAGACAGAGAAAAGAGAUAAAGAGGACCGGAGACGGAGUGAGAGAUAUACAGAAACAGACAGACUGACCCAUCAAAAGACAGAACAGAGAGCAAAGAGGAGAUCCAGAGACUGCAGGGAGAAAAAAAAAACCCAAAGGAGAGUUGAACGAUUAUAAAAAGAGGCAAGAAGAGGGUUGUGAGCUGUGAAGCCUCUACAAGAUCCUGGACUCUGCUCCCUCUUGGGCCUCAUGCAGUUCCCCAUGGGACCAGCUUGCAUCUUCCUGAGGAAGGGGAUUGCGGAGAAGCAGAGGGAACGUCCACUAGGACCAGAUGAGAUCGAAGAGCUCCGGGAAGCCUUCCAGGAGUUUGACAAGGAUCGAGAUGGCUUCAUCUCCUGCAAGGACCUGGGGAACCUGAUGAGGACCAUGGGUUACAUGCCCACUGAGAUGGAGUUGGCAGAGCUGGGACAGCAGAUCCGAAUGAACCUUGGUGGCAGGGUGGACUUUGAGGACUUUGUAGAGCUGAUGACACCCAAGCUGCUGGCAGAGACAGCUGGGAUGAUUGGGGUGCACGAGAUGCGUGAUGCCUUCAAGGAGUUUGAUGUCAAUGGGGAUGGCUCAAUCACCCUGGUAGAACUUCGGCAGGCAAUGCAAAGGCUUCUGGGGGAGCAGCUCAGCGCCAGAGAGAUUUCUGAGGUCGUGCAGGAGGCUGAUGUCAACGGAGAUGGCACAGUGGAUUUUGAAGGUGACACAAGAACAUGCCAGAGGUGCUUGGACAUCCUGGAUGGCUGGCAUCGGGAGAGCUGGGGCAGGAACCCUUCCCCCCGCCCCUACCUCACCCCUGGUGAGAUCAGGGGAUCAUAG